CGCUUUGCAUAUUUGAUUAAACCUGCCAGGUCGUCACCGGACGGUUGCGAAAUGUGGGAAUGCCGCGGGGCACCCCGCCGGGAAGGGAGGCGGGAGAGCGCCUGCCGGAGGGCAGGCGUCGUGCCCUUCGUGGCACUGCUCCUGCUGCAGCGGCGGCCGGUGGCCGGGCGGGCGCUGCUGGUGACGGCCGCCGGCUGCCCCGGUCACAGCUUGUGCCGCUCCAACGUCCAGGAGCAGACCCGCAGGCAGGUUGCGCUGCUCAACGCCACCGCCCAGGACCUCUUCAGCCUCUACCUGAAGUGCCAGGGAGAGCCGUUCAGCAGCGAGACGGACAAGCUUUGCAACCCCAAUACCAUCUUCUUCCCUGCUUUCCGCGUCAACCGGACGAGCGAGAGGAAAGAGGUCAUGGUGGCCAUGUACAAGCUCUUCGCCUUCCUCAACGCCUCGCUGGGGAACAUCACGCGCGAUCAGGAGGAGCUCAACCCAACGGCCAAGGAGCUCCUCGACCGGCUCCACAACACCACCAAGACCACCCGGGGCCUCAUCUCCAACCUCACCUGCCUCCUCUGCAAGAACUACAACAUCUUCCAGGUGGACGUCAGCUACGGGGAGAGCUCCAAGGGCAAGAGCUCCUUCAAGAAGAAGCAGCAGGGCUGCCAGGUGCUCAGGAAGUACGUGCAGGUCAUCGCCCAGGCUGCCCGCGUCCUCCUACCUCAUCUCAGCCCCCCGUGAGCACCCGCCCCGGCUCCUCCGCCCCAUGCCCAGCCGCCAGUGAGGAUGGCCGAGGCAACCGUGCUGUCCCACCACCUGCUAAUUUAUUUUCCCUUUGUGGGGCGGACAUCACAGCCUGGUGUGUCCCCGGGCAGAGCAGAGCCGGGGCCGGCAUGCGGCAGGACGCGGCAGCGCAUCCCUGGUCCCGGCAGCCCAGGUGAUGCCGGGGCGCGGGCUGGUCCCGGGAUGCGCCUUGACCAUCCCCACCCUCCCACGGGGUGCUUGGAGCUGGUGGUGGGGCUGGACUCCUCCGUGAUGGAGAGCAACCCUAAGGACAUCCUCGAGCAUCAUCCGAAAGCCUCUACUUCCCCGGGAAAAAGGACUGGGAUGAAGGAUGCGGGGAUGCUGUGGCUGGUGGGGACGUGCACGUUUUGGUGCUGGGCUCCCCGGCAAGGAGACAAACUGAGGUACUGGGGUGGCCGUGGUGGCCGGGGCUGGGUCCCGCCGUCUCCGAGGAGGCCACUGUCUGGGGACAGAGCCCCAGCAGGGAGAAUCACCCGCCCCGCACGGGCACAGCGGGGCACGGAGGGCUCGUCCCUCUCCUUUGGAAAAGUACUUUUCCCAUCGGAAGGGUUCUGAAUGUACCAGUGGCUUGGCCAAGGGCUGGGCUUCGCAUGGCCGAACGCGUCCCCGGCGCCGGGACGCGGGGACACAGGGAUGCUGGGAUGCGGGGAUGGGCCCCGGCCGGUGGCAGGAGGCGCUGGCUCGCUCCUGGCACCGGAGCGGGCGGUGAGGGUUAUUUAUUGCCUCAGUGGAAAGCCCAGCGUGCACUGAGUGCUCUGACCUGGUUUUUAAUAAUGUUAUUAAUAAUAAUUAAUAAUAAUAAUUAAUAAUA